AUGGCAUUACAACACGCUACUACAUCUCUAAAACGUUACAACUUAUUAGUUUAUGAUAUAUUACAAGAUCCUCGUGGUGUAAAAACACAUCGAUAUAGUUUAGUUAUCGAAAUGGAUCAUUUAUUAAGCAAGUUGUUCAAAUUAAAAAAAGGUACAAGAUUAAAAUCUCAACAUCGAAUUGACCCACUUAGCUCUGUGUUUCUAUUAGAAAAAUUACCAAAUGAAAUGAUAUAUGAAAUUUAUCAAUAUUUAUCAUCAUUUGACAUAUUGUACGCAUUUUCACAAUUAAAUAUGCGUUUUGAUAGUUUAAUGCAUAGAUUUAUACAAUAUUUUGACCUUUCAAACUUAUCAUUUAAACAGAUUGAACUCUAUUCAAAGAAAAUAUUUCCGCUCUAUGGAUGCUAUGUUGAUUCACUAGUAUUAAGUGAUAGCUACAUUGGUAAUCAGAUAACUUUAUUAUAUCAAAAACUUAAAGUAAAUGAAACAUUUUUUAAUAUAAAAAAAUUAAAAUUAAUUAAAUGUACAAAUGAAGAAUUCUUAUUAUUUAUAGCUCACUUUAAUAAAUUUGAAUGUUUACAAGAUCUAGAUAUUGUUACCUGUGAAUAUCUUCUUGAAUCAAUCAAUAAUCUUAUGUUCAAAAAUAUAUUUCAAAAUCGAAAACGGCGAACAUUAAAAAACGUAUCUAUUAUUCAAGAUGGUAUUUCUUGUGCAUGUAAAUUUUUAAAUUUAAAAAGUGAUCCUAUUUAUCUUCGUUGUUAUCAUAUAAGAAAUUUAACACUACAAUUAAAUUAUAUUGAUCAAAUUUUUUUACUCUGUCGAUUUUUACCAAAUAUUGAACAAUUGACAGUUCAUGUAUGUUCAUUAUGUGAUUUAAAAAAAAAUACACUUGAUUUCACCACUAAACUUAAUAUACCAUAUUUAAAAGAAUUUUCAAUCAUAUUUCAUUCAUUUAUUACCUUUAAUAUGUUGAAAAUUUUUUUAAAAACUUUUUGUUCAACAAUUAAACAAUUAUCGAUCAGAAUUAUUCAUAAUCGAAAAGAUUCCGAUUUAAUUGAUGGCUACAAAUGGGAAAUGUUAUUGUCAGAUGAAUUUUUAUCAAAUUUACAUGAAUUUCAUCUUUGUACAACUGUAGACGUUUCAUCUAGUGAUAAAUCAAUUAAUUUAAUUAAAAUUUUAGAAAAAUUUUCAACUGAAUUUUGGUUAAAGAAAAAAAAAUGGUAUGUAAAUAUUGACUGUUUAAACGGUACAUAUAAUAAUUCAAUUUAUUUAUACACAAUGCCAUAUUACAAUGAUGAUUUUUGUUUGGCAUCCGAUUUUACUAAACCAUUAUCGACUAUUCCACUGGAAUUAAAUUCGAGUGCAUAUAUUAAUAUUCAAAAACUAGAUUUAAGAUGGUUAAGUGGAAAUUCUUUAUCAAUGAAAUCAUUUAUUCUUAUAUUUGAACCAUUUUCUAAUGUUAAAGAAUUAUAUAUUGAUGUGCCAGAAAAUCGAUUUAUUAAUAGUGAUAAUGAAAUAGAAACGAAAAUAAUAUUACCAAAACUGAAACAUUUAUCAAUUAUAUCAACUAAUGGAAUAACUAAUGCACAUCUUUUAGUCUCUUUUCUAUCUAUAAUUACACAAUUUUCAUCAUUAGAAUUAUCCUAUUUUGAUCUUACAUGUCUAAUAAGAAAUAAUAUCAUAAUGAAACAAAUUGAACAAUUACAAGUAUUCAGUGUUGAUGUAGUUCUAUUAAACAAUGGACAAUUUCUUAAAUAUUUAUCAAUAAUAUUUCCAAAUUUGAAACAUUUAAAAUUGAGACCAAAUCGAGCAAUUGCAUUUGUUAAACAAACUCUUAUUACAGAAAUGGUCAAAUGUUUUAAAAACUUAAUUAGUAUGGAUAUUGAACAUCGUCAAAACUCUUUUUAUUUUAAUUUUUAA